CAUCGUUCAUGUUGGUAGAUAUGAUGGAAAAAUAAACAAAAGAAGUCAAUUAAAUUGAUUAAUUUCGCAUAAUGUAUUUGAAUUUUCUAUAAUAUUAUUUGCAAAUUGAUAGUGAUAGCACUUCUCUUGUCUACACUAGUGGUAUCCAUUCGGAACAGUUGGAAAAUGUCAGGAAAAUUAGUAUCUGUUGACUUCGAAGUAUUUGGAAUUGUUCAAGGUGUUUUCUUUCGAAAGCACACCCAAAAAGAAGCUCAAGAUUUAAGCUUGAAGGGAUAUUGUAGAAAUACAAGUCGAGGAACUGUGCAGGGAACAAUGGAAGGAGAAAUUGAUAAAAUUAACAAAAUGAAAAAUUGGCUCCAGAAAAUAGGAAGUCCUUCAUCUAGAAUUGAUAAGGCGGAAUUCAAGAACGAGAAAGAAAUCAAUGCUUUUUCUUUCAAUGAUUUUUCUGUGAAAAAAUGAAUCGUGACAUUCCCUGUAGAUCGUUAUAUAAUAAUUCAGUUCAUAAUUAGAGAGGAUUGUUUGAGAAUUAUGA